CAACGACAUCAUACAGUUUUAUGUGAUUCACAAACUGUGCUUUGCCAGGCGUUGACGUAUUUAGAAAUCAUGAAAAUAUAUAUUUUAGCGCUUUUGGCUAUUUUGGAUACUUCAUCGAGUUACGACGACUACGUGACAAUAACCGACGAGUAUGCCGUUCCCGAGGCGAGUGAUAAUUAUGGAGAUAUGUUUUAUAAGGCACAAAAUACUGAUAAUAUCAAAAGCAAAGUCAUAGAAGCAAUGCUUACUACACCCAUGUAUCAUCUGAACCGGUCACAGCCAAACAUUUUUGCUGCUUUUGCAGACCAAUAUGAACUUCCAAAAGGAUUUAAAGGACCGUUAAAAGUGUACGACUUCAUCGUAGUUGGCGCUGGUGCAGCUGGAAGUGUUUUAGCUGCGAGACUUAGUGAAGAAAAAAAAGCAUCUGUGUUACUUUUAGAGGCUGGUGAGGGAGAGCCAAUAAUAGCGGGCGUUCCAAUACUGGCGCCUGUUUUACAACAGACAGAUUAUAUAUGGCAUUACCUAAUGGAGCCUCAACCUGGAGUAUGUAUGGGUAUGACAAAUGGAAGAUGUUUUUGGCCGAGGGGUAAGGCUGUUGGUGGCAGUAGUGUUGUUAACUACAUGAUUUAUACCCGAGGAAUGCCAGUUGACUGGGACAGAAUAGCGGCAAAAGGAAACUAUGGAUGGUCAUAUAAGGAGGUUUUACCUUACUAUAUGAAAUCAGAACGUGCAAAUUUGCGAGGUUUAAAGGAUUCUCCUUGGCACGGAAAAGAUGGUGAACUAAAUGUGGAGGAUAUACCUUUUAGAUCGAAACUAUCUAAAGCCUUUUUGGACGCAGCACAGCUUUUUGGUCACCGUAGGGUAGAUUAUAACAGUCCUGAUGGAUUCGGAUUUAGCUAUAUUCAAGCUACUAUGAAUAGAGGCAUACGAAUGAGUAGCGCUAAAGCUUUCCUUCAUAAUAAAAAGAAAAGAAAAAAUCUUCACGUAUUAACAAAAAGCAGAGUAACAAAAAUUUUAAUAAAUCCACAGACGAAGACAGCUUACGGCGUAGAAUUUCAGACGCAGGGCCGUAAAUUCACUAUUUACGCUGCCAAAGAAGUUGUACUAUCGGCUGGGCCAAUAGAAUCACCACAUCUGCUUAUGCUCUCUGGUAUUGGACCGGCUGACCAUCUUAACACCUUUGGUAUUAACGUCAUUCAAAAUUUAAAAGUAGGAGAAACAUUGUACGACCAUAUUUCUUUUCCCGGUUUGACAUUUCUACUUAAUGGUACCCAACUAACAUUAGUUGAAAAAAAAAUUGCUACCAUUCAGAACAUUGUACAAUAUGCACAGUUUGGCGACGGACCAUUGUCUUCCUUGGCUGGCGUUGAGACUUUGGGAUAUAUUAAGACUAACAUAUCGGAAGAGAUAGGCGAUGUACCUGAUAUAGAGCUUAUAGGAUCCUGUGCAUCACUUGCUUCAGAUCAGGGUAAUAUUGUAGCAAAAGGGAUACAUAUAGCCGACUGGCUCUAUAAUGAUAUUUACAAACCUAUUGAGCAAUUUGAAAGCUUCACUGUGUUUUUUAUGUUACUGCAUCCUAAGUCCAAAGGUUCCCUACGACUAGCAUCGAAAAAUCCAUUUCAACAACCAAAACUAUAUGGGAACUACUUAACUGACAGGAAAGAUGUUGCAACUUCUAUAGCUGCUAUUAGAUAUAUCAUAAAGCUUAUUGACACACCACCUUUCAAGAAAUAUGGCGCAAAGUUGUAUAAAAAAAAAUAUCCAAAUUGUAUCCAAUAUGACUUUGAUUCUGAUAAGUACUGGGAGUGUGCAGUUCGGACUGUUACAUCAACACUUCAUCAUCAGAUUGCAACUUGUAAAAUGGGGCCAAAUACUGAUCCAACUGCAGUUGUCGACCCGGAGCUAAGAGUCCAUGGUAUAAGAAACUUGCGAGUAGUAGACAGCAGUAUCAUACCAUUAACUAUAGCAGCACACACAAAUGCACCAGCUAUUAUGAUUGGUGAAAAGGCAGCGGAUUUAAUUAAAUCAACUUGGGGGCUAUAAAUCAAUAUAUUAAUUCAAAAAUAUUUUUAAGUGCAAUUUGUCCUAAUAACAAAUUAUUGAUUAAUUAAUUUAAAUUUACUUUUAUUGAUAUUAAUUGAUCUUGUUGUUUCAUAUAUGUAAUACUUUUAGAUGUAGUUAGUUUAUUUAGUAUUAUUUAUUUCAUACAGGUUUUCUAACAUAAGGAAAAUAUACAUUGUAGCUAUGAUUUGUGAGUAUCUGAUUAUAACCGCUGAUGUUAACUGCAGUCUCUUGAUGACUCAAUAGGUACCUAGCAAAUAUUUUUGAGCCAUGCCGAUUUUGUUCACCAUACAAUGUUAGUUUACUAAUAUCUGAAUUGUAUUACUUUCUACAAACUUCUACUUGUUUAAUAUUGCCUUCCUUAGUUUGGGAUAGUAAAAAGGCGGCAUUGAAUGGAUAUUUUUGAGUAUUACAUCAAUGAGCACAAUACUAAUUUGACACAAUUGUCUCUAAUCAGAGUAAUAGUGACUCAUCUAAGGCACAUAUUAGAGUUAUGUAAGUAAUUGCAAUUAAAAACUAUAUUUGCAAUAAUAA